AUGUAUACCUCUAUCCCUUUGAUCAUCGCGGCAUAUGCUGCUGUCACUUCGGCGGUUCCCAUGGCCCAGGGUUAUGCUGCCGAUUCUGCGUGGGCUGAGUGGAGUACCACCACCACAACAACUGUACCAACGACCACAGUGUUGCCAACCAGCACCACCGAAGUGUGGGGAGACUGGAGCACUACUUCGACCACUACUACCACUACUAGCACAUCUGAAGUCUGGGGCGACUGGUCGACGACUACGUCGGUAAUCCCUGUCACCACUACCACAACUGAAGUCUGGGCGGACUGGUCGACCACUACGUCGGUCGUCCCUACUACCACUACAACACCUGAAAUUUGGGGUGAUUGGACCAGUACCACAACCACGUCCACUACAUCAACCACUACCACUCCUGAAGUCUGGGCAGAAUGGACCACCACUACUCCGACGACGACGACAACCACUACUACCACCCCUGAAGUCUGGGCAGAAUGGACCACCACUACUCCAACGACGACGACAACUACUACUACCACCCCUGAAGUCUGGGCGGAAUGGACCACCACGUCAACCACGACGACGACCACUACUACCACUCCUGAGGUUUGGGCUGAAUGGACCACCACCUCAACCACCACCACAAGCACUACUACUACUACUCCUGAAGUCUGGGUUGAAUGGACCACCACCACCUCAACCACCUCAACCACCUCGACGACUACUACAUCGACCACUACAUCAACCACUACUACUCCUGAAGUCUGGGCGGAGUGGACGAGUACCACAACCACGACUCCUGCCCCAACAACCACCACGUCUGAGGUUUGGGGUGACUGGACCAGCAGCACAACCACUACCACUACGACCACAACUCCUUCAACAACAACCACACCUUCUGAGAUGUGGAACGACUGGACAACCAGCACCUCGACUACUACCACCACCACCACUACCACGACCGAGGUGUGGGGCGACUGGACUACCACCAGCACAACCACCACAUGUAAACCCCAGACAGUCACGGCCACUGCCACGGCCACUUCGAAGACCACGGUGACUCGAUACGUCUACAAAACUAGCACCGUGACAGCGACCGGACCUACGACGACCGAGACCGUCACGGCCACUGUUUCGGCCACGACUACUGUCACAGCCUUGAUUGCAACAGUCACGUUCAGCACUGAUCCUUACAACUGGAACGAUUGGACUACCACGACUACCACUACCACCACUACCCCCUCGGCUACCACGACCUCCGAGAAGUGGGCUGACUGGAAGAAUACUACGACGACCACUAUUCCUACCACGAGCUCAGCCUGGCCCACCCUGUACACAUCUGCUUAA